AUGACAAGGCUUAAAGUUGUUAAUCUCAGGUGGAACAUCAUCCGGGGUACCAUACCUCAAUGGUUGUACACUUGUAGCAAUCUUGAGUCCCUAUCCCUUUAUUUGAAUCUCUUGCGAGAUGAAAUUUCAAGUUCCAUUGGAAACUUGACAGCCAUUGUCAAUCUUGACUUGUCUGCUAAUCAAAUUGAAGGGAAAAUGCCAAACUCAUUGGGAAAUCUUUGUAAGUUGACGGUUCUUGAUCUGUCAAGGAACUAUUUCAAUGGAAGCGUAUCAGAAAAAUUGCGAAGCUUGUCAGGGUGUAGUUCAGGUCAAAUGGAGUCACUGAAGCUGUCAACAAAUGAUUUUUCAAGUCCACUAUCCGAUCAGCUAGGAAAUUUCAGACAUUUACGCCUCCUUGCUCUUUCGAGUAAUUCAAUAUCAGGUCCAAUUCCAGUGUCCUUGGGAAAUCUGUCAUUCCUAGAAGACGCAAGCAUUUCUGAAAAUCAUUUUAAUCGAACUCUUCCAAAAACUACUGGUCAACUCAAAAUUAUGUAA